AUGGCAGCGGCGGGCGGGUGGUCGCGGUGGCUCCUCUGGGCGGCCGUGGUUGCACAUGUGGUGGCAUUGGGUGCAGGUUUUGUGGAGGAUCUAGAUGAGUCGUUUAAAGAAAACCGUAAAGAUGAUAUUUGGCUUGUAGAUUUUUAUGCACCUUGGUGUGGCCACUGCAAGAAACUGGAGCCUGUGUGGAAUGAAGUGGGUAUAGAAAUGAAAAACAUGGGCUCUCCUGUAAAAGUUGGGAAGAUGGAUGCAACUUCCUUUUCUAGUAUUGCAUCUGAAUUUGGAGUGCGAGGCUAUCCAACAAUUAAGCUCUUAAAAGGUGACUUGGCAUACAACUAUAGAGGACCUAGAACCAAAGAUGAUAUAAUUGAAUUUGCUAAUAGAGUGGCAGGACCUCUUAUCAGGCCACUUCCUAGCCAGCAUAUGUUCGAGCAUGUGCAAAAGAGACAUCGUGUACUUUUUGUGUAUGUUGGUGGUGAAUCUCCUUUGAAGGAAAAAUACAUUGAAGUUGCUUCAGAACUAAUAGUUUAUACAUACUUUUUUUCUGCCUUAGAAGAUGUGCUGCCUGAGUAUGUGACAUUGCCUGAAUUGCCUGCUGUUGUGGUCUUCAAAGAUGGAACUUACUUUGUUUAUGAUGAAUAUGAAGAUGGUGAUUUGUCAUCCUGGAUAAAUAGAGAAAGAUUCCAAGGUUAUCUUAAUGUAGAUGGCUUUACGCUGUAUGAACUUGGAGAUACAGGAAAACUUGUGGCUAUUGCAGUCAUUGAUGAUAAAAACUCUUCAGUGGAACAUACCAGACUAAAAUCUGUUGUUCAGGAAGUUGCUAGAGAUUAUCGGGAUCACUUUCACAGUGACUUGACAAUCCCUACUAUUGUUGUACUCAACACCUCCAAUCAGCAGUAUUUUCUACCAGAUAGGCACAUUGAGAACACAGAAGACAUGGUUCAGUUUAUUAACAAUAUCUUGGAUGGUACAGCUGAAGCACAGGGUGGUGAUGGACUUCUGCAACGAAUCAAGAGAAUAAUCUAUGAUGCCAAGUCUACUGUAAUGUCUGUGUUCAAGAGUUCACCACUUCUGGGAUGCUUUCUCUUUGGGUUGCCCCUGGGGGUCAUCAGCAUUAUGUGUUACGGAAUCUGCACAGCUGAUACAGAUGGUGGGGUAGAUGAACAUGAGGCAGCUAAAAAGGAAAACUGUGAUCAGGAGCUCACGGACGAAGGCAGUGAGGAAGAACAAGAGGAGGAAAGGAACAGAAGAUGUACAGAACUUUCAGAUGGAGAGCUUAAACAGAAAGACAUAAUGGAAAAGAAAAAAGACUAACUUGUUUAGCAAAAGAGUUCUCUAGAAUUUCCAAAUAGACUUAUUUAUUAAGGUAGUCAUUUAUUGAUGAUCUUCAUGAAAGAGGACCUUUUUGUCUGCGUUAUGGUAGUUUUGACUUGCAUGUACUCAAAUUUUCUCAGAAAUUGACAGAAAAAAAAAAAUGGAUGUUCUCUUAAUUGUCUUUAAUAAAUUAAAAAAGAUAAUUUAAACUGAAGGAAUUUGCAGGUACAUUUCUACACCAUAUUUUUUUAAUAGUUUUGAAUUGUUUAUCUCCAGAACAGUGAGUUAAAGGUAAUGUUACUUGACCUUAGUGUAUGUGAUGAAAAUAUACUAAUAUAGCCCAGCUGAAAACUCAUUCAUUUAAAAUUAAGGCUGAAAACUAAGAAAGAUUGAGAGAUCUGUAAAGUCUUUCAGAGCCUGAUAGCUAAAGACAACUUAAGAGUUUUCCAAGAAGUCAGUUGUUCUACCUGUUGCACAUUAUUUUGGAAAAAAAAACCCAAACUUCUCUAUUUUCUCAAGUUAAAUGUAAAUUGUUAGGAAGUAGAGGACUGUUUUACCAUGUAAUAAUAUAAUUAUUGGCAGUCAAGAAUGUUUACUUGAUAUAGGAUGUGGGAGUUAUAUGCUAAAUUAAGUCUUUAUUAGCGCUUUAGCAGCUAAAAAUACUGGAAAACUACAUUGUAAACCCUUUAGAACAUGAUUGCCUGUUAAACUGUAUUGUAGGAGUGCUUACAGAAACUUACGGUGCAUAUGAUCUUUAAGUUUUCUGAAUCCACAGUACAACUUGAUAAAGGAAGAUGUAAAUAUAAGCACCCUCUGACUACUUUGCAUAACUCUCUAAUGACAAGUUCUUUGAAUGGUGUAAAUUUGGUUUACAGUGUUUAAUUCAGAUUGUUAUAGAUCUUUGAGGUAGUUGGUGUUCAUACUUUUGUUUGAGACUGUUACCUACUCUGAAGGAGGGAGUUAAUGGAGCAUAAUAUUAACAUUCAUAGAGAUUGAUCAGUAUAAUGCAUUUUUGUUACUUGUUUAAUCAUAAAAGUAACCUUUAAUACAACCCUUUUAGUAUGAAAAGGACUAAUUUGUGUCCAGGGUUAAAAUCUCCAAGGAUAAGCUAUAAAGCAGCCUUUGGCAUCAAUGUCACGGAGAGUACCACAGAAAUAAAACUUACAUUGCUCUUCCUCUUAGUAUUCAUGCUGGGGUUUUUCUUUUUUUUUUUAAGGUUAUAUUACUGUAUAAUACAGAUUAUAAUGUCCUCCUUAUAAGGCAGCUUGAUCACAUAAGAAGUUACUAUGCUAUAGCACUAAAUUAAGGAAUUUUAAAUAAAAAACAUGGGUAAGCUUAAAUAGAUAAAUUCUGUGUUUGGGUAAACCUGAUGAUGAUAUAAAUCAUAACCAGGGAAAAUGUAUUGCAUCCUUUUUCCUUGUAGGAAAGAAACUUGUUUCUUCUGUUUAAGUAGCUUGGUAACAGCUGGCUUCAUGUUGCAGUGCAGAGUACAGUAAGUAGAUGCUUGACUUCGAAGAUUUUUGUUAUCAAACAGUAUAAACGAUAUCUAAGGAGAUCAGGAUUUUUUUUCAGAAAAAUUCCAUGUCUGAUUUUGAGUCCAGCCUUUUUCCUUUUGGGAGGAAAGGGAAAAAAAAAAGAGUUCAUAGAAUACUGAGUAGCAGGUGUCUGAUAUGGGUUUUUUUUUCCCCUUUUUGUUUUCUCCUUUUUCCUUCUAUGAAUUGCCUUUCUUUCAUUUUUUGUCAUUAUAGCUAAUUGUGCAUAGUGACUUGAGUUUUCUUGCUUUUUGAUUUUAUUUGUUUGGCAGAAUCUUUGAGGUGUAGUUUUAGCAUGUAUUUGGAGAGUGAGAUGCUUAAAAUGUGUUUAGAAUUUUUUUAACAUGGCGUAGAGCUCUUAAGUUGCUUAAAAAAAAAAAAAUCACUUAAUGACAAGCCUGUAAAUUUCUUUGGAUUUUAGCACAACUCAGUGCUGAUAUUUGAAAUGUAGGACUAUUAAGGCAGUAAUAUGUUUUCUUGAUUCGCCUCUUUUCUUAAGAUUUCAAAUACAGAUCAAUUGCAUAUUUAAUUUUGGCUCAGGCUAGAAACCUCUAGCUUUUGACUUAAAAAAAACCCUGAAGUGGUCACUGGAACACUGCUGUUCCUUCUCUGGUGUGUAAAUAAAAAAAAAAAAUUCUGAAUUCUGCUGCACUGCUAAGAACUGUUUCAACUAUGAGCCUUCAUUUUUGUGUUUAUUUUUGUUUGUGUUUAUAAUGAGUAGUAGCCAAAUAACUUGCUGAGAAAUCUUCUGAGAUAUGGACCUGUAUAUGAUAAAUACUGUGUAAGAAACAGAUCCUAGUGUGAUCUGUUAAAACUGUGACAUUUAACUGCCAGAGUUAGGAGGGGAAAGCGUGUGUGUCAGUCACUUCUGAACUGUAAUAUCGAUCAGAUGUGUACUGAACUGUUGAAAAUUAAACUUGAAAUGUACUGCCAUUUUCACCAAAUCCUUCUCCCAGCUAUAUUCAACAAGACACAGGGAGAAGAAAAGCAUACAAGUCAUAUACUGGAUUUCAGAAGUGAUGUGAAAUUAAGGGUUUUGCGGUGGUCAUGCAAGUAAUCUAGAAUGCUGUCUGAGAGGGGAUCUGGCAUUUUAUUUUUUGCUUCAGUCUCUAAAGGUUUCUCAAAGCAACUUCACUGUAAUAACUUUGAAUUCAUGAAAUGAUGCUGCUUUUUUAAGUCAAGUGUAAGCCUUUUGUUUUUCUGUAAUAAAAACAUU